AUGUCUCUGGCCGGCCAGACUAUGCCCGUAAGGGAGUCGGUACAUUCCAGCCGAGAGGACCGUGUUACCUCCACCAUCACAGACAAGAAGGACCAGCAGUCACAAAGGACAUCUUAUAGAGACUCGCUUCCCAACGCACCACGACCAUCCGUCCAAAACGACGACGCCCCGAACGAGAACGAGAACGCAAAGAUGUACGGCGACUACUACGAAGAGAUGACGGGCCCUUCCCCCAAGAAGGCCCAACCCACACAAACAGCACCAGCACUACCGGCCAAGAGCUCACUGCGAGCUUCCAGACUCCUCGACGGCAUGGCCCUCAAGAUCAUCACAAACCAACCCACACAAGCAGCACCCCAAGAGGUCUACCUCUCUUCCGAAGAAGAGGCUUCCUCCUCCGCCGACGAGUUUUCAGACUACGAUUACGAGUCCGAGAGCGCAGAGUCCGCCGACUCCCCCGUCCGCAGGAAGAGCCAAGAAGAUACUGCACGCGUCGUAUCUGUCGUCUUUGCUGGAAAGCCCUCCAUCAUCGACCUCCCCUCAACAAGAAGGUCCGCCUCGCCCGAGUCCAUGGAGUCCAGUAGACCCCCAAGCCGCUUGGUUAUCUCAUCAACAGCACCCUCAUUGCGCAGGAUGUCCACUUCUUCCACUAGCGGCGCCUCCUUCUCUCCCGUCUUCCACCCGCCCAGGUCAAGCAGCAUGAUGAUCACCAGCAGCAUGCUGCCCAAGGAGAAGCCUUCCUUCCUCAGCAUCGACCCCUACGCCAGCAAGCCAUUCGACGAGAGGGCCGAGGAGCAACAGGCGGAGCCUGAGAAGCUCGAGAGACCCAAGACUCCCACCUCGCAACUAUUCAAGAGGACCCUCAGCAUUGUCCGCAAGCGCAGCCGUCCUCAGCUGAGAGACCUCGCUGCCAACAACUCCUCUCGCGACCGCCUGUCCUCACCAUCACUUGGACACCUCCCCUUGUCGGCCCACGCAGACAUCAGGGAAGAGCCCGAGCAAAAGGCACCUUGGUCCGCUGUCAGCUACCACGAUAUCAUGCGUGCGGCCAAGAAGAAUGCGCAGAACCAGCCCCCGACCCCGUCCACCCCCGUCGCUCAGGUACAAUCGCCUAGCUCACCGGCAGGCAACACCCGGAGCCGAAUCCUCAGCGGCUUCACCAACCGCAGGAAGAGCAUCAAGAUUGGCUAG